UGUGUGACCGGGCAGGGCACUGUCCUGCUCCUGCAACGUCUUCGCCUUUGUAUAGCUCGUCGGUCGCAGCCGCUCCGUGCCAGCCCCUUCUUUACCCUUCCCUCCUCCUUCUCCUCUCUCUUCCUUUUCGUUUUCCCUCGCCGCCGCCGCCUUGGCGCGGGGGUUCUCCCCGGCUUUCACCUCGGGGGCGGUGUAAAGGAGGCCGUGGCGUAAUUGCCCUGGUGAGGCAGGCAAGGCUCUGUCACAUCCCCAGAGGCACAGGGCUUUUCUGGGCUUCAAGAACUGUUGAUGUGAAGCUGAAACGAUGUCCCGGAAGUGUUGCGUAUUUUCUUGAGGGACCACCUGGCACAACUUUGGACAAUACUGUGUGAUGUUCAGGGUCAGAAAUGCCUUAUGUGGAUCGCCAGAAUCGCAUCUGUGGUUUCCUAGAUAUUGAAGAAAAUGAGAAUAGUGGGAAAUUUCUGCGGCGGUACUUCAUUCUGGACACACGAGAAGACAGUCUGGUGUGGUACAUGGACAACCCACAGAAUCUCCCCUCUGGAUCUCCACCUGUCGGAGUCAUUAAACUUACCUAUAUUUCAAAGGUUAGCGAUGCAACUAAGCUGAGGCCAAAGGCAGAGUUCUGUUUUGUGAUGAAUGCAGGGAUGAGAAAAUACUUUCUACAAGCCAAUGAUCAGCAGGACCUAGUUGAAUGGGUAAAUGUUCUGAACAAAGCUACCAAAAUCACAGUACCAAAGCAGUCUGAUCCUCUGUGUCAAAUGGAUAAUGCAAACCGUCAAGCUGAAAGCCCAGGUGGAAAGAAGCAGGUGUCUUACAGGACAGAAAUUGUUGGUGGGGUUCCUAUCAUUACACCUACCCAGAAAGAAGAAAUCAGUGAGUGCAGUGAAGGAGCCGAUAGGAACUAUUUGAAACGGUCACAAAGCCAUCUUCCUUAUUUUCCUGCCAAGCAUCCCCCAGAUAAUGCUAUUAUCAAAGCUGGCUACUGUGUAAAACAAGGAGCAGUGAUGAAGAACUGGAAAAGAAGAUACUUUCAGUUAGAUGAAAACACAAUAGGAUAUUUCAAGUCUGAACUGGAAAAGGAACCUCUCAGAGUUAUACCACUUAAGGAGGUCCAUAAAGUUCAGGAGUGCAAACAAAGUGAUAUAAUGAUGAGAGACAAUCUCUUUGAAAUUGUAACAACUUCUCGAACCUUUUAUGUUCAGGCGGACAGUCCAGAAGACAUGCACAGCUGGAUAAAAGCAAUUUCUGGGGCCAUCGUAGCACAGAGAGGACCUGGAAGAUCAGCAGCUUCCGUAUGUUGCUCUGAGCCUCAGAGAAAAUAUGCGGCAGGCCAGAAGGCUGUCGAAUCCUUGUAUACAGAGGAGCAUCCCGAGCCUCCUUCCGACCCCAACCAUGCUGUCCGUUCUGCCGUCCCAGCCCCAGCCGCCUCACAUUCCGCAGCCGCUCUCGGCAGCCCUCUGGUCCCAAACCCUCACCCCAAACACCCUGCCUUGGAGAAGCGAGGAUUUCACGAAUCUUUUACCAAGGCCAAGCCAGGGAGCUACAAGAUCCAGGUUGUCGCUCCAAGAGAAUCAGCUUCCAAAGUGACUGAUCGGGGCUUCUCAGAACCCCGAAGUAGAAACGGCACUCAGGAACAGGAUCCUGGCCUUGUGGAUCUGGAUGAUGCAAGCCUUCCAGUUAGUGACGUGUAGUGAUGGAAGUGUUUGGAGAAUGAUCCAUUUGUUCGGUCCUCUAAUUUCCUCGCUGGACUUUUAACCAAAGAAAAUGAUAGGAAAUGAGAAUAAAUGAUAAAAAAAAACCAACCCCAGAACACUGAUUUUGAUACGUGUGUGUGUGUGUGUCUGUGUGCACACACAUGUAUAUAUAAUGUGUUUGUAUAUUGCCUUUCAGCUGAGGGUCAGAAACGGCCCUUUUGCGUGUUCUCAAAGCCUGAUAGUAAAUCACUUACUAGGGAGGGGCCAAACUGCAUGAGUUAGAGGAGGAAAAAAAACAUCCAAAAGGCAAAACCAAAAAAGUACUUCUGCAAGUAAACAAGGUACCAGCAACUUUUCAUUCCUGAUCUGGCAAAUUUACCAAACUUACAACUAAUGCUGUGUCGUUGGAGAACAAUUCUUGCCAAUAAAUGUGAUUCUUUAGUUCCACUCUGAACUACAGUAAGACUUCAGACGAGAGCUGUUUCUCUCUGUGACUUUCAGAUACCAGGAAAUAAAUGCACAAAACGUUUCUUCUGUUCUUUAGGAUCGACAGUGUCAGCUGUUUUGUUGUCAGAACAAGAAUUCUGAACUCCCUUGGAAUUCUAAUUAAUGGUGCUGUAAAAUUUCCACUAAAAUAAUAUUUUGCCUAGUCAGCCUGUUUUUGAUGCACUCCUGAAGGUGGCUUGUAACUUUUUGCACAUUUGGGUUUCAGUGGACUGCAUGUAACGGUGUUUUGGAGCGGGGAGAAAAGAAAUUGGACUUUUGAAUUUGGACACUUUAGACCUUUUGAUCCAAGUAGGGUUUCUGUUGUGUUACAUUAAGCUUUGCAGCAGUUCGUAAAUGUCUAAAUGUAUCCUUUAAUUCCUGUUUUGAGAAUGGUUUUCUUACAAGUGCUGCGUGAACAGUUGUUUCUAGAUUUGAUCAGUGGAAGGCAGAGCUCCUCACCUCGUUUUGUCAUUGGUACUGAACUGUUUGUAGUCAUGCAAUUGUGGCCUAUAACUGAUAAUGUGCACUAAUAAUCUUUAAGUGCCUGUGUUUUUCUUCUCACGUUGUGGAAACACUUUUGGGUUCGGUAUGUACACAAACCGUUCUGAAUGGGUUUGAAUGUUGGCUUGGAGUUGUUCUGAGUAGCAUAGUAUGAAACAGCUAUUGAAAACAGAAAACUUGUGCUAGGAAUACCAGUGCUCUGGUAUUGCACCUACUAGCUGUGCAAUAUGUUUUUAAAACAAUGACUCUUUGUGUACACUGUGUUAUGGGGCUUCAGUGAUGCAGGUGAAAAGAACCUUUACAUUUCAAGGAUUGGAUUUAGAUCGAGUGUGAACUUUUCAUCGGGUUUGAAAAUGUUUGCUUUAAUCAAAACCCCACAAAUAUCUCAUGCUGCUGCUUAUUGUGAUUCAGAUUGUCCAGCUUUGCAAGACUUUAUUUCUUUUGUUUACUGGAAACUUAAGAUAUAUAUCACACAAGUCCAUCUUCUCUCCAAAUUCCAAACUGACUUCCUGCUUGGGAGAUAGGAAUGACUUUACCACAAUAAUUUGUUGAUCCAAGGAUAGAAUAAUUGGUGUAGUAUAUGAUCUGAUUUCAAAGCCUAAAAUUUUAUCAGCACCUUUUUUUUUUUUUGAAUCCAUAAGCUAACUGGCCACUGUCUUAAGGCAGUGGUGUUUGUAAAUGGUUUUGUUUGACUCUUUAGAUAUAUGUGAAAACUAGCAGAGAAUUGGAAGUUACUGUAAUGUCUGUACUAGCAUUUUAAGUUUUAACUUCUAUAAAGAUAAAACAAUAGCUCUUUAAAGCUUAUUUUUUCACAAGUACAUUCUGUGUGGAAGACACUUGGCAUUGAACCAUUUUUUACUGUAGUCUAACAUCUGAAAUCACUCGCUCUGGUACAGCUUUCACACUGCAUGUUCAUUUUAUUAUGUUUUGGUAUUGGCAGUUUUACACAUUGGGUGAAGUUAAAGCAGCUCCCUUCUGGGACUUAGAGGAAAAAGGAAAAAAAAAGAAGAAAAGAACUACUAUUGUAGUUCAGUAGCACAGGGAAAUAUUUGUGGUUGGUAAUUGUCAGGGUCUCCUAUUUAUCAGUACUUUUAUAAAUCUAUGAAAAUUGUUAAAUUAUUUUAGAAACAGUGCUGUAAAUAUGUCACAUUUAAAUUGUCAAUAAAUCAGUUUGGGUAACUUA